GUCAAUGUAUGUAAUAACAACUUGAUCACAUGAAUGUCAGUGUGCAUGCUACAUUUCUUCAGGUUCUGGUGUGCCAUCUGUCUACAGAACAGUUUUCAUCAGCACGUGCAAAAACACAGAUGGGGGGUGUAGACGUUUUCUGAAAAUGGUGGUGUAUUCUCAUGCAGGGCUGGGAGACCAAUGCAACGUUUUCCACACUGGGUUUGAUUAUGGUUGUAAGAUUUACCAGUAGGCCUGCAGCUAAUUAGAAGGGAGGCAAAGGAGGGAAUCAGCAACCUGUGGUCCCUGCAUGCACUGCUAGGUGUCUAGCUUCAUAGGACGUCGCCCAGUUUUCUUUUGCCUAGCUCUGCUAGUUAUUUUUUUCUUGGUAGCUAUUGCUGUCUCUCCUUUUACCACCUGCGCAUUUGCCUUACAUGCUGCCUGAGGAUUUUCACAAAUGACAUUGUGAAUGUGUUGCUAGCUGUGGUCAAAUACUCUUUUAGAAUACCUCCGUGGGUCUAAAGCACAAAGGUGUUUGAUUUCAUCUUCCUACAUACAUGUGGAAUGACAAAAGACAGUCUGGGGUUUGGAGUCUUCCUCCACCCUUGCACAUCUGAGGAGUGCUUCUAAAUCAAUACGUUGGCAGCAAUGGAGAAGGCUCUCAGGCAGUCACUUGGGUUCAAUGAAACAGUGAUACUAUUGAAAGGAAAAACACAGGCAAUCAUCAUGCUAAUUUUAAAAAACAAAAGCAAUGCUAGAAGGAGGGUGGCAGGGGGAGGGGAGUGGAAGGAUCCUGCGUAUUCUUCUGCUCUUUGAGCCUCUCACAGACUCUCAGGUUACCUUUUUAUUUUCAGCUCAAGAAGUGUUUAAUCUCCAAGCAAAAUAUACCUGCUUCCAGUAUUUACUGCUUUUCACCAGCACCUCAAAGUCAUACAUUUAAAGAUUGAUUUUAUUAUUUUUUCAUCUCAUGAAAUUGUUAUCUUUAUAAUAGAAUUUUUUUCCUGUCUGGCUGAAGAUGGCAGAUGUAAUAGAAAAUUAAGAAAACAGCAGCAAAAAACAAAAUAAAAAAAAUAAAGCUAAGAUCUAUAAUCUUGCCAUUUAUUGAUUACCAUGAUUGAUAUGUUAGUAUAGUACACACUUCUAAUCUUAUGUUUUCCCUACCUAAAUAUACGCAAAAUAUUUUUAUCAAGACUGUAUCAUACUGAUGAAGUCAUUUAAGAAAUAUAAUUGUCUUUCAAUUAGAGGAUUUUCUGUUUGGGAUUGUGUUGUUGCCUCUUCACAAUUCAUGUCCUUCUGGACCGCAUAUGCUUCCCAUAAGUGACCUCAGAUGGAACCACCAACCUCCAUCUCAGCAGUUUCCAUAGGCAAACAUUGCAGAAUGCUGGGCAUGUAAUGUAUUUCUAGUGAGCUGCAUAGGAUGAGAAGUGCGCCCUUUGUCUCCAAGGUCAUAAUGGCUCUGCUGACUUUAAUACCUUUCACUGGAGCUAGUGAGGACAACUCGAAAAUGCCAGAAAGAGAGAGAGAGAGUCCCCUGCCCCAUGAUCUCAAAUGGAAAAAAAAAGAGAGAGAAUACAGAAAUCCCCCUAUGCACCACCCCCAGGUCCCUUUUGUGUUGUUUUUGCCAACACAGCAGCUUUCCUGCUAUAUAUACCAGCUGCCCCUUUGUCCCCAUCAUACUACAUGCUAAUCACCCUCUGUCAACAACCAUGGGGAAGGUGAGCCUGUGGAGAUGCUGUGCCAUGUCUAUUGGGGGUCUGGGGUGUGUGGGGAUGUUCCUUCCAGCUGACUGUCUACUGUCACCUUAUUUCUACCUCAGAUCACCUUCUUCGAGGACCGAGACUUUCAGGGUCGCUGCUACAAUUGCAUCAGUGACUGCCCCAACCUGCGGGUCUACUUCAGCCGCUGCAACUCCAUCCGAGUAGACAGCGGCUGCUGGAUGCUCUAUGAGCGCCCCAAUUACCAGGGCCACCAGUACUUCCUGCGCCGAGGCAAGUACCCCGACUAUCAGCACUGGAUGGGCCUCAGCGACUCGGUCCAAUCCUGCCGUAUAAUUCCUCAUACCAGGUCUCACAAGUUAAGGCUGUAUGAGAGAGAUGACUACCGAGGCCUUAUGUCUGAGCUCACUGAUGACUGCGCCUGUGUCCCAGAACUCUUCCGUCUCCAUGAGAUCUAUUCCCUCCACGUACUGGAGGGCUGCUGGGUCCUCUAUGAAAUGCCCAACUACCGGGGGCGGCAGUAUCUGCUGAGGCCUGGGGACUACAGGAGGUACCACGACUGGGGGGGUGCAGAUGCCAAAGUCGGCUCUUUGAGACGGGUCAUCGAUUUGUACUAAGCUGUGCCUGCCUUGUUAUGAUCCACAUAGAAACAAAAUAAAUAUACAAAUUGUGUUCCCCGCA